GUACGUACUUAUUAUUAAGUACGGAGAAUAUUUGUAUAUAUAUAUACUCCCUCAAAACCCAGGAAUUUAAGGUAUACAAACCAAAUAAUCUAUUAUCAAAGAAUUGAAGAAAAAAAAACCAAGAGAGAAAACAGAGAAAAAUGUCAUCCGAAUGCCCAGGGAAGAAUGCGUGGCCAGAACUAGUCGGAGAAAAUGGGGAGAGGGCUGCGGAAAUUAUAAGGGAAGAAAACCCUAAUGUUACUCAGACGACCGUGCUACCAGAUGGAACACCCGUUAUACUAGACUUCAGGUGUGAUCGGGUUUGGAUAUUUGUUGACUGUCACGGCAAUGUGGUUCGUACUCCUACGAUCGGUUAACUUACACGUCUUGCCGAUCGAUCGGGCAUAAAUUAUACGUAGUACUCCGUAAUGUUGUAAUAUGUGCAAAACAUAUACUUGUAUGAAUGUUUGCUUACUAAUAUAUGUCAAAUGUGUACGUACUAAUACGUUGUUUUACUUGAUUAAUCGAUGUACCCUUCAAACUUUCUAUGUACUAUUUCCAUUAUGUACAAUAAAGUUUAUUGAAAAUAAUAAUUGAGCUA